ACGACAGACGUUGCUAGCAAAGUGAGUGACGUAGCUUUAAUUUCAUCUAUGUAUUCUGGGUUGUCCUAGUGAACGCACAUUUAAAUGAUCAUACAUGAAACAAAUGUAUAAAUUGUUACACAUCUGUACAAACAGUUCUCUCAUAUUUGGUACAACUGGUCUACAACAGACUAGUUUCAAUUUCCAACUGUGAGUAAUAAAUUCACAUGAUUCAAGGAGGUUGCUCAGUGACUCAUUUCCCUUUAGCCAAGAGAGAGUGCCAGAACAAUCUAGGUGAAAGAGCUGAACAUGUUAAUUUUCACGUACAACUGUUGCUUCAGCUUAUGACCAUCACAUCACUUUUCCCCAAACCUAAGACUGAUUUUAAACAAAAUCUUUUGAGUUGUCGGAUGAAACCCAUCCCACAAAAAGUCAUGUUUUUAUGGUCUAGACAGCUUUUCAGGCACAACAGUAAGUUGAUUAGGCCUACUAUUGCUGUCUUCAUCCUCACUGUUACUGCUAUUUUAAUUAGCCAUUAUCAAUCAUCAUCAUCAUCAUCAUCAUCAUCUUAAUUAUCACCAGUGCAAUGAAAGCCAAAGUAAGACUGGACAUUCACCUAGGUACUUAAUUACUUCUUGUAAUAAGUACAAGAGCAGCUGUGUUUGAAAACCUAUAUGCUAUCUGACUCCAUUGUCAAAGUCUCAUUGACAAUUAGAGACUAGUGGUAGAUUGUGCUAUGACAGUAUGCCCUUAUUUGGUAAUUUUUUUUGACAGCGUAGUAACCUCCAUAAGUGUGAACAAGCUGUCAUUAAGCACUUGACUAUGACAAAACUUCUAGAGCAAAGCAUUCUAAAUAUUUGCUACUCAUCAAUAUUUCUAGUACAGUACUUGGUACUACAUUAUGUAAUAUUUUCCAAUAGUCUAGCUACAUCAACAGUGCCAGAUAUAGACUUGCUCUGACUGAAGUAAUUUUAUUCUUCAAUAAUCAGUUGCAAAGCAGUAAUAUAAUGUGGUAAUCACUAAGGGUGCAAAUUGAAUCAGUCAAUGAAGAUGUCGUCACAGUCCACAUGGAUUGACCACGUUGUGCUGGACUAUGAUCACUAUCAUCCGAUGUGCUCAGAGAAAUUUUAAUUACCAAUGUGAGCCAUAAAUGAAAUGUGCUGAUGAUUCAAAGUACAAUAUAACAUGCUAUUAAGUGCUGAUGUUGCAUUCAUUUACACAACGCGUAACCUAUUUCUUUUAAAAGGCUUAAGGAAUACUUUAAUCUCGGUGUAAUGGGAAAUGUAAAGUAUAUGGUGAGAGUAAAGUUCAAACAAGCCAAACUGCAAUAAAUAAAUAAAUACAUAAAAUAAGUAAAUCAGUUUUUACAACAAAAAACUUAUUUUAAUGAGAAAUAUUCCUGACCAGUACAGUACAUUCACAUAUAUUUCAAUAGUAUCAUCUGUAAAAUACUUAAUGGAACCUUGUAUUCACAGGUAAGUUCAAAAACAUUCUUUUCAAAAAUAUGCUUCAAAAUAUAUAUAAUAUAUAAUUAUAUUCAUACAUGACCAAUGUUGCAGAAGUCCUGCAGUCACUCUGAUGAAGGAAUGGGAAGUUGGAAUUGAUGAUGGAAUUGGGUGAAGAUACAAAAGGCCCUGUUGAGGAUCGAAAGUAUUCAGAAUUGGUGUGUUUCCAGUAAAACUGUCUCAAGAGCAAGGGUUGGAACAUAAGGUUUUUCGGAAGGCCAGAGAAUAUAAACAACAGAGAGUUCACAGGGUUGACUGAGGGGCACAGUGUAUUAGGAGACAGUUUGUAAUCAGGCUGAGGAUGGUUCAUAAAACUGAACGAUAUGUUCAGCCCCUGCUUUGGGGAAAAACAUACAAAUCUUUUAGUGUUACAAAGAGAAACAAAACCAAUCAAUCAAUCAAAUAAUCAACCAAUCAAUCAGCAAGUCAGUCUAUCAACCAAUCAAUUCAUUACAACUUCCAUAAAAUUAACGAGUUAUUUUGAGGUGACCAAGAUAAUAGAAGUACAAGAAUGGUGGUUUGGUGGAUAAUUAUCAUGUGCUCUCUCAAUACUGAGUCUUAAUAAAAAAUGGGAGACUAUGUAUAAAAAGGGCUGUGACUCCUACAAGGAUCACCAGCUAUAGAUGACCCUAAAAUUAAAUCUAACAGCAAAUUAUAUUAUAAUAUUAUAUUAAUUUUAUUUAAAAUCAAAUGUGAGUACAGAGCCAAAACAACAAAAAUCGUGUUACCGUCCCAAUAAUUUUGCAUCAAACCAUAUAUGCAAAUUAAAUGUAAACUAUAUGGGUCAGGCCGCAUUUUCAAGACAAAGGCCAAGGUCUUUUUAUACAGUUUCAUUCUUGCUGGACGUAGAUGGCAAAGUGGACUGACACACACUUUAUAAAAUGUUAGAGAUUUCGCAAUCCUCCUUCAUGUCAAUGUUUACUCUUUUUCGCAAUCAUAUUCUGGAGCUUCAUCACGCACGUCUUCUGGUCUUUUAUUGGCUGUACUUUGGCAUGAUAAUAGCAGCAGUCACAUGUCCUCAUUUAACCUCAGUCACUCGUCAUAGUUGCGGUCAAUGAACAGUGGUUCAGUGGUUGCAGCACACGAACGCACUCACUUAGGAAGAAAGCUGGAGUCAGAGAGAGAGAGAGAGAGCAAUGAUAGAGGAAUGGAGACACCAACACUUCAUUCAUAUGCCGCAGUCAGCAGAGCUAAGUGCCGACUCUGGUCGCAUGGUCACGGAGUAUCAGGCCAGGUUCCUCGGCCACAGCUCUACAGCCGCCCAGAAGUUGGGAAAAGCUCCAGAGAACUGCCGGCGUCCGGAAGUGAAGAUGACUGGCAUGACAGCAUUCAGGUCAGAUAUCAUGCCGCAUGAUGUGACAAGGAGGGUCCCAAAGAUCGCUGAGGCUCACCAUGUCCCACCUGAGGGGGCUGUGAAGCAUACCAGUACGUAUGUGCAUGACUAUAAAGCAUACUCCAUCCAGCAGAAUACAGUGACCAAGACCAUAGAGUACAGUCCCCCAUCUGCUAAGAUGGACGUUCGGUCCACAUACAAAGAGGAGUUUCAAUCAAGGGCCACUCCAUUUCAGCGGCCUGUCAGGACCAACAGCGACCUGAAGCUGAGCCACAAGUCCCACAUGACCGUCCCGUACCAGGAGCACUGCUGCUCCAAGGCUGCUCCCGCUGCCGGUAAGAGCUGGAAAGUCACUCCCGCUGGGGAAAAGGCCCUGCCUUUCGAGAGCACCACCAGCUACAAGCUGCAUUAUAUCUGCCACCCACCACAGCCUAAACGGCUCAUCCAGCGGCUCGUGUACAAGCCCAGCAGCAGCCCCUUAAACUGCGUCACCACUUACAGACAUGACUACAGCUGUCUGCAGGUAGAAGUGGUCAAGCCAGUCAGAUCCAAAGCCACUUGGGAGAGUAACCCCACGCUCUGCCAGGGGUGUACCAAACUGUGGGACAAGUGUAAGACCUGGCCACUAAGGCUGACUUGUGGGCACAGAACCGGUGACUCCUCUCCCAAGGAUGAAGUGGAGUUCAUCUCCACCACUCAUGCUGACUUUGUGGUGCAGCAGGGCCAUCCACUGCCAUCUACACACACCCCUAAGAAGGCCUGGACCACGGACAAGGUGUCCUUAGAGGCCCCCUCCGCCAAGGGGGAAAAGCGCCGGUUCUGGGAGACCAAGAAAGUUCUCCCAAUAACACAGCUGAAGGAGCCAGACAAACUUGUGGAGGUCUUGACGAACACCAUCACCUGUCCAUCCCAGGACAUGCCAAAGACCCUGGUACUCCCACUUAGCUUUCAGUCCCGGAACUGCUCCAUGCCCGGCAACAUGGCCUCUACUGCCAGUGACAUUACCAAGGAGACCCAGCCCUGCUCUGAAAGAGGGUACAGGCUUGCCCGGGGUGAAGGAAACAAACUCCAGCACACACCGUCAGCAAGGGAGAGCAGUGCAGUCCGGACAGCUGAAACCAACAGCCGUAAACCUAAAUGCAGUCACGGCCCCAAGACUGUCCAUUCAGCUGCCCUUACCAGACGCAAGAGGGCAAACUAGACUAUUGGUAAAGGUACUGGUAAAAUUGAGAUUUUCGCUUGAAUUGUAAAGUAAAAAUAAUUAAUAUUCAGUUCUUCUAUAGCCAAUUAUGUAUUGUCCAGGCACACUCUUGGCUGAGUUUGCAGUUACUCUGGUGCUCAGGAUGAAAAGGUUUUGCUGUACAUGCUUUCAGGACGCCAAAGUUUUUCUUAACAUUUAAAUUUCUUGCAACACCAGUUAUUUACUGUGCAAAUGGAAAGCAAUAUAUAAAUAAAUGUGCUUAAUUUCUUAUUUAUUUUUUUUUUUUAACAAAAAAAACACUGCAUUUUAAAUUUUAAAAAAAUUAGUCGUUUCAUUUAAGAAGAGAAUUUGUUAUAGCUCAUGUAAAAGUUUUGUAACCAAUCUUAUGCUACAUACUGUUUUUUGUAUUCAAGACAUUACUGGAUUGUUUUAUUCCAUAAUUAAAUACAAAACAAAGUGCUGACGGUGGUGCAGAAAUUCCAAGCAUAAUUUACAAGCCAAAUGGUUUAAUUUUCCCUUGAUGUAAAAUCAUCUAACAAAAGACUAAAUUAACACCAGUAUUACCGUCUCAAAAGUUAAAAAAAAAAAAAAAUAGCUCCUCAAUUUGAUGCUCUACAUAUUUAAGUACUAUAUGAGACAGGUGUGUGCUUAGUAAGAACAGGUCCAUUGGUUACAUAUUGUACAUGACAACUUAGAAUGUCCCUCCUAAGAUAUUGACCUUAGAAGGAAAGCUUCCAACCGAAAAGUUGACUAUAGGUUGGGCAUUUAAUACAAAAGCUUGAACACGCCCCACAGAAAUGCAAACCAAAUGUCCAGGAACUCACCAGUCAUCACAUUCACUCAACACGGCGUUUUAUUUACCAAAAAAUACUGAAAUUCAUGAACUCUGUAAAUGAGGUAACCGGGGCCAGAAAAACAAAAGAAUGGCACAUUCUGCCAUAUUUACAUUAUAUACACAUCUUCAUACAUGGCAAAAUUUUGUUGAUCUUGUUCUAGUUUCCACAAACAUAGAAAACAAAUUUAAACUAAAACACAAGCUUUUAAUAAAACUCAACUCAUAAAAACCUUGCUGAAACCA